AUGACGACCUUCACCAAGCUCGCUGCCGGGGAGACGCCCCUAAUCGAGGUGGAUGCCAGGAAGAAGCUGUCCAAGAUAGAUCCCAUGACGUAUGGCGGGUUCACCGAACACAUGGGCCGCUGCAUCUACGGCGGCAUCUACGACCCAGGCAACCCGCUCUCAGAUUCCAAAGGCUUCCGCAAGGACGUCAUCUCCGCACUCAAGGACCUCGACAUCCCCGUGAUCCGGUAUCCAGGCGGCAACUUCGUCGCCACGUACCACUGGCAAGAGGGGAUCGGGCCACGGGAAGACCGCCCCAAGCGUCCCGAGCUGGCCUGGCUGGGCGUCGAGUCGAACCAAUUCGGCACCGACGAGUUCAUGCAAUGGCUCGACGUGUUGAGCGAGGGCAAAGAGCAGCGCGUCGAGCCGUACAUCUGCCUUAACUUUGGCACUGGGACGUUGGACGAGGCGCUCGCGUGGGUCGAGUACUGCAACGGGAUGCGGGACACAUAUUGGGCCAAUCUCCGCCGCAAGAAUGGUCAUCCGGAGCCGUAUAAUGUCAAAUACUGGGCGCUGGGUAAUGAGGUGUGGGGGGAUUGGCAGGUGUUGCAGAUGACGAAGGAGGACUACGCCAAGAAGGCCAUCCAGUGGGCUAAGGCGUUGCGGCUGUUGGAUCCGUCGCUGUGUCUCAUUCUCUGCGGACAGGACGGGCAGUCGUCAUGGGACCAUUACGUGCUGCACGAGUGUAUUGGCUGGGUCGAUAUGCACAGCAUCCACAUCUAUACGGCCAGCGAGGACCACAUGAAGAACGUGACGGCGCCGCUGUCGGCCGAGCGGUCUAUUGAGAUCACGGCGUCGCUCAUCGACCUUGCCCGCAUCGAGAAGAAGAUCGCGCCGACGAAGCCGCCGGUCAAGAUAUGCUUCGACGAAUGGAACGUCUGGGACCCGGAGCGAGCCCCUGGCGACAAGGGCGCCGAGGAGUCGUACACGCUGUCCGAUGCAUUGGCGGUCGCCGUGUGGCUGAACGUCUUCGUCCGGCAGAGCAAGUACAUUGGCAUGGCCAACAUCGCCCAGUCUGUCAACGUCAUCAGCCCCUUGAUGACCACCAAGGACGGCAUCAUCAAGCAGUCGAUCUGGUGGCCGUUGCAGCUAUUCAGCCAGUUUAUGCGGGGGUGGACUAUUGCUUGCCAUGUGAGUGGCGGUGCGUAUGAUGGACCGACCCAGCCGGCCUGGCUGCAGGGCACCUUGGGCGAAGGCGCCCCUUGGUUGGAUGUAAGCGCGACUGUCGAUGAUAAAGGUUAUGUGAGCUUGGCUGUGGUGAACACCAACGAAAUCGAUGAUUUCCAGGUUGAGCUGAAGGGCGUGGGCAAGAACGUUACCGUAUACAAGGUGUCUGGCGAGGGCGUAACUUCGGGUAAUAUGGACGGAAAGGAGAAUGUCGGCUUGAAAGAGGAGAGCUGGGAUGGCACGGGCAAGUUUACCUUUCCUAAACACUCUCUGACAGUUUUGAGGUGGAAGGCUGUGUACUCUGGCUAG